AUGGCAGAUUUGCACAUCGUGGCGCCUCGUGCACAGACUGCGAGUGACACGUUGCACAAAUGCGUGGCGGAAGCGACGCAGCAUGCGGCAUCCUGUAUCAUAAAUGACGCCUGUCAUAGCAGCGCAGAUCCGACUGCUUGUCCGCGCCGUGUGCCAUUCUUUUUGUUGCAAUUGUCUACUAGCACCACGCUUCAUGGCACACAGGUUGCUUACACGCUUUGUGUGAAUGAGCAUGAAACACCGCAGCGCAUUCAUUGGAUAUGGCGGGGACGCCAGUCGACAUUCACACUCCCCCCGCGAAGUGGGUUCCUUUUGAUGGAUUUGCUACGAGAGGAAAGGCAGCUGCCCAGAGCUUGGCAUACACUCACUGAACGUUUGGAUACUAUGGGCGGCGCAGACCUCGUGCUACUAGAUCCGCCAUGGCCAAAUCAAAGCGCACAACGUGCGUGGCGUGGGCAAAGUCGGUUCAAAUACCGCACGAUGCUUGAUCUGUACGACAUGUGGCGUCUACGACCAGCGAUGGAGUCACUCAUCCGACCGCACACACUCGUGGCUGUGUGGGUCACAAAUCAUCCCAAGGUACAAACGUUUGUUCGGAGCAAAUGGUUUCCCGGCCUGGGGCUCACGCACCAUGCUACUUGGGCAUGGUUGAAGCUCACGGCACCAGAAGAAGGUGCUUCGCCCGACAUGCUCGUGCCUUGGGGCGAUUUGUCGUUUCGUCGGCCAUAUGAACUGCUAUUGAUUGGCUCCCGAGACGAUUCGUGCACGGUGCCAAAGCACCACUUGAUUAUGAGUGCACCUCUGGGCCACAGCUGCAAGCCGUACGUGAGUAACAUGCUUUGUCCAGAAGGCAGCGCGGUCGUGGAGCUCUUUGCACGGCAUGUGUCAUGCGACGCGCGGUGGCACAUAAGUGUGGGUGAUGAGGCGGUGCGUGGGAAUGAAGAAUGGACCGAAUGA